UCCUGGCACAAAUCUUAUUAAUUUCAAAUCACUAUUUAAUUGUAAGUAUGAAAUAAAAAUUAUAUAUUUGUUAUGAUGUAUUUGUUUAAAAGUAGGAUCAAGCAUAUGAUUGCAUGUGAUUUUUGAAUUUGAUUAAAUUGCAUCCUUCAUGAAUAUUUAAAUGGGUAUGAAUUAUGGUUAUGAUAACUUGCUUGGAAAUGAUAUUUGUGGUAUAUUUAUGCAUUUUAAAACUUUACAAUGCCUCAAAUCACCAUCCAUCCUAGUGAAAAAUGUUUUAUAUUACCUUAAAAAUAUCCACUUUUAUGCAUGGCUCAGAAGUCUCACAAGAAGUAUUCCUCUCCAUCUCUCUGAGUUGACGUGCUAGUAGUUGGAGCUUUAAGAGAAGUAAGUAUAUAGUGAUUAAAGAGAGAAAACAUACAACCAUGGAUGCACAUGCUCUCAGUACAACCAUAUCCAUUCGACUUCUUAUAACAAUACUCCACAAACUGAAAUUUAUACCGAGGAUCCAAAUUGACUACCAUGGGGAAGAUUAAGCUACAAUCCAACCAAUACUUUUCAAAUUUUCCAUACAUCCGUCAUGUCAUUCUUUGCACGAAAGCAUCUAUACUCUACAUCUCAUCUUAAAGUAAUCUCAAUCAAUAAAACUUGAGGGAAACAAAAUUUGAUGUAGUAUAUUUAACUUUGGAGAAUACUAAAGUAGCAUUAUAGAACAUACUCAACCACUUGCUAAUUUUCUUAACUUUGCCCCACUCCUCUUCAGAUGGACGAUGCUUGUAAUUAAAGUCACUUAACUUCAAAUAAAGAAAGGCACUCUCUAACAUCAAAAAAGUUGAAUUUCAUCUUGUAGGAACAUCUUGCCUUAAGUUUUUUUUUACUUUCCAAAAAAAAUUGUCUAACACAAUCCAAAAUUUUUUAUUUCCAAACUUGUGAACCUUUCAUAUAUUUAAUACUUUCACAAACCUUGUAGAUAAGCUCAUGUAUCUCCUUUAAUUUCUCUUGUACAAUUAAGUUAAGAAUAUGAGCACAACAUCAGACAUGAAAGAACUCACCAUUUGAGUAAAAUGCAUUCUUUAAAUUAAGUUGGAUCUUUAGCAUGUCAAUAGAACCAUCAUUUACCGAUGCAUUAUCCAAGGUCAUGGAAUACAAUUUCUUUUUAAUCCUCCAGUCAAUCAACAAACCAUAAAUUAUUUCACAUAAAGAUAUGCCAUUAUAUGGAGGCGGCAUGAAACGAAAGUUGAGAAAUUUCUUUUGUAACUCUCAUUCUUCAUCAAUAAAAUGGGCGGUUAAACACAAAUACCCAUCGGUAGUAAUAGAGGUCCACAAAUUCAAAAUCAAACUUAUCCUAUAAGGAAUUGAAUGUAGCCACAAUACUAAAUUUUCCUUUUCUUUUUUAUACUAUUUCAACAAAUUAACCUUUACAGUAUUCUUUGAUACUAACUUGGCAUCCUCACAAACAUAAACAAAUAAAGAUCUAAUAUCUUCAUACUCAACAAAUUGAAAUGGUAGAUCAUGCUUAAUAAUUGCAAAUAUUAACAAUUCAUGGAAUUUGUCGGGAUCAAACUUACUAGAAUGCAUUGAUCUAGACCCUUGAGAUUGUGAUAAGAUCAUCCGUCCUAUGUCAUGGUUCUUUCUACAACUCUCUAAAUGUCGUUUCAAAUAUUUGGUCCCAACCUUAUCACUAAAUGGAUAUUCGCAGCAUACUUUAUGCACUUGCAUUGAAGGGUUGCUUCAUUUAUAUGAAAAAAUUGAUAAACAAGUGAAGUUAGCUUUUUUUUUUUUUUUACGUUUGCCAUGUGUGGAGCCACCUACUACAACUAUAUUAGCACCUAAGGACGUCAAUUCAUUUGUUCUAUCAUCAUCACUCACCAACUCUAUAUUCACAACGAACUAUUUAUCCACAUAUAAUUUAAAAUUAUAUCAGAAUACCAAUCUAGAAAGAAAAUUAUUGGCUUUGAGAAGAAAAAUUAUAUAAUCCACUCCUCUAUUAGAAUCACAAAAUGUUAGAUCUAAAAAAAUUAAUCAUGCUAAAGAAAUUAAAGAAAUAUUUAAGAAACCAACAUACAUAAGCACUAAACAUUUAGAAAAGAAAAGAAGGGAAGAGAAAGAGGAGGCUCAGAUUCAUCAUUUAAUCUAUAGCUAAAUCAAAAUGGCUACAAUCGGAUGCCUGCAGAAGCAGGCCAUCCAAGAUUGGUUGCCAUUAGAAAUAGCUGAUUCUUGCUUCAUGAUAAUCUCAUCCAAGAAUCAUUCUGACCUCUUCAUACAAACCUAAAAGCAAAUUCAUUUAUGGCCGAAGGCCAACCCUUAUAACAUGUUGACCCAAAAGAUUUGAUUUUGAUGAUACAAAAUGUUUGGGUAAAAUGUUUACUAAUCAGUUGCUUGGAGUGUACUAUAAUGCAUGUAAAAAGUUGAGAAGAUAUCAUUCUUUAACUCGUAAUGUGGAAGAAUGGAACUUAACCAUUUAAAUCUCUACAUGUCUAUAUUUUGAUAGUGAUAUGUGUGGACGACAUCUUGGCAUCAUGGACAAGUACAUGUUAUAGUCUAGAACUAACAUACUGUUCUGAACUUCCCUGAUGCUCAACUGGAUCAUUUACCAAGACUUUGGGAGGGAAGAGACGACUGAUCAUGCAAUUAGCCGAAAACGAUUCUAUCGCUGAGGAGUAUAAGGAAGUUGGAUGUCUAAUUGGUUAUUUGAUUCCUAUUAAUGCAAAGACUGUAGAUUAUUUCUCUAGAUGCACUGAUAAUUCAAAAUGCUUUUUCUUUCUCUCUAAAGAAAUCAUCAUCAUCAUCAAUACAGUUAUGAACCAGAGUUGAAGUGGGCCAAAACUUAAGACCAAAUAUCCCAGUUGGUUGUGAAUGGAUUGGACCUAAUCCUGGACCUAGAGCAGAUCAACUCACUCUAAAAAAACAUUUGUUCAUGUCUGAGUCCAGAUACUUAUACACAGUCUGGAAGUAAUCUUCGAGGAAGUAUGGCCAAGAAGAAGAGAUCUCGAAUUGUCAUGCUGUCCAAAGUUGCUCCGGAAAAGGCAAGUUCCGAUUGUUAUGAAGGCGACCGCCUCGAUGGUCUUCUGUCAAAACUUGAGAGGAGCAUAGAAGCAGCAAAAAUUUUGAAGGGAGAUCUUCCUGAAAAGAUUUGGAUCAAGCACCAAUUUGCUAUUGGGGUCAAUGACGUCUCCCGUGUGCUUGAGAGGAUGCCUCUAGGUGAGAUGCAGGUUCAUUCAAAGGAAGAUCCUGAGACAAAGAGUGGCCUUCGUAGAGCUCCUUUGGUUCCCCUUCAGGCUGUGAUUUUAGCUUCUGAUUGUAAUCCACGAUGGUUAACUAAGCAUAUACCAAGCCUGGCAUCCUCGAGGCAGGUCCCAGUGAUCUUUGUCAAAGAUAACAAAGGAGGUUCACUAAGGUUAGGUGAACUGGUAAAGGUCAAAACAGCACUGGCCAUUGGAGUAAAGGCCAGAGAAAGCUGUAUCAACAGAACAAUUGAUAAAGUUCUAGGUGGCAAUGCAGUAGCAGACGGCGAUCUCGAAAUGGCCGUAUAGAUUCAUUGCACUUCGUCAUCUGUCUAUAUGAAGCUUCAGCGAUGGAAUCAUAGAGUUGGUAGACAAGAGAUUCUCCAGGAGAAAGGAUGUUGUCCAACUUCCGAGUUAAAAAGAUUUACGAUGAUAAUUAAUUGAAAUGGCUACCGAGAGAUCAUUCACUCCAUGUGAAAGACGCAGAAAUAUUAGGAAUUUGAAGACUGGAUUGACAGAGACCGUUGGUCAUGGUUUUCAUCGAGCUGCACGUAUAAUAUUUGUGGACUGGUUACAUCUCUGGUGCCCCUUCUUUGGUUAGAUAUUUGGAGGCAUUCAACCUGGUGUUUGGUUUGCUUAGCACAUUCUACAGUACUGAUGUUACCAAGCGUUGCGAAUUUAGAAGCAAUACUGACGACCUAUGUAACUUGACAUAGCCCGGGGGCAGAAAAGGUACAGCCCGUAUCUAAUAAUGCGGUUCCUCAUAUGACUCGUGGGCGCGUCAAUCCCGCAGUGUGUUGCCCUGAAAUUUUUGAGAAACCUGAAAGUGAACCAACAAGGAGCAAUACUAUUGAAACUUGUCAGUCGACAUGGUA